GCGUCCUUCCCGGUUCCUCCUGCUGCUGCUCCUCCUGCUCCUCCUCCUCCUCCUCCUCCUGACGCACCGAAUAAUCCAAGAACGGCACAAAGAAACGAGCGCCUCGCAUCCGACUCCACGUUGAAACAAGCACCGUGUCCCUUUAAAAGCGUCUGACAAAAAAAAAAAGCCCAUAUGAUCCCCGAGCUCCAAUCACCAAUUCCUCCUUCCAAAAGCAGCCUCUGCAUUUCUUGUCUGUGUGGAGGCUCCGGCGGCAGCAGCACGGGGGGGGGGAAGAGAGGAGAUUCAGAGACAUACUGGAGAAAUGUGACAAUUCAACGGUGAUUUUCAUGGCGGAGGAGAAACUGCUGCGAGAGGAGUUGUUGUUGGACUCCGGUGAGCCUCGAAACGCUGGAUCAAAAUGCUCAUAGUGGAGAAGACCACAGACUUCCCCUCUGCUGAGUUCUCUCUAGUGGAGGAUGUAGCUCUGCACUUCACCUGUUUGAUGGACAGGCUGAACGAGCAGCGCCUCUUCCAGCCUGACCUGUGCGACGUCGACAUCGUUCUGGUACGGCAGCGCAGCACCUUUCCCGCCCACAAGGGCGUGCUGGCAGCCUACAGCCCUUUCUUCCACUCCCUCUUCGCCCAAAGCAAGCAGCUGCGCCGGGUGGACCUGUCGCUGGACGCCCUGACCUCGCAGGGCCUGCAGCAAAUACUCAACUUCAUUUACACCUCCAAGCUGCUGGUGAGCAGCCGCACUGUGCGCGACGUGCUGAAUGCAGCCAACCUGCUUCAGAUGAGCGACAUCGCCGCCUCCUGUCGCGACCUCAUCAGCAGCCACUCGCUGAGAACCACCUGCACAGAUAUGGCAAAUCAGGAAGGGCUUGGCAGCGGUGACCCAGCGGUGGCGAUUACUGCCAGCCAGCUGUACCGGGAGAUCAAACAGGAGUCGGAGCUGGGCAGGGUGUACACGAGGGAGGGCAGCAGCCCGUUCUCUGUUCGGGUGGAGGAGGCGGGAAAGACGCCCUCCCAGCAGAAGCAGUACUACCAGAAAGAGGAGGGGAAAGGGGGCGGGGCCGGCUCAGGUGCUCUUUGCAAAGUAGAAGGCAACGGCGAGGAGUCCAAGUCCGCAGACAGCCACUCCUCCUUCAACAGGGAUCAGAUCAUUGUUGAAGUGAACCUCAACAACCAGACCCUCAAUGUGUCAAAGGGAUCGGAGGGCAAAUCAGUAUCCGCCACUGAGACAGCCACCAUGUUUGCCCGUUGCCAUGACAACGAGAGAGAUUCAGAUGAUGAUGAUGAGAACGAGCUGGAGAACGAUGAUGGAGUUGAGGAAGAUGAGGACGACCUGAAGAGGGGAGACCUACUGGGGCAGAGCAGUGAGGAGGAAGAUGAAGAGGAGGAUGAAGAGGAAGAGGAGAACACCCUAAACAUUCCAGGCUUGGAGCAGACGUCCAUAAUGGAUCGACCUCGACGGGGCAUCAGAGCCUUGGCCAUGGCGGGAACCACGACCUCCAUGCGGCACACGCUGGCAGAGGCUACACGAGCCAACCAGCGGCCGGGUGGGAAGAGGAGUCUGGAUGGAGAGGGCCUGGGCCAGAAAGUGAGGCUGGAGGAGAAGCAGCAUUUCCCGUGUAAGAAAUGCCCCCGCAUCUUCAACAACCGCUGGUAUCUGGAAAAACACAUGAACGUCACUCACAACCGCAUGCAGAUCUGCAACAACUGCGGGAAACGCUUCCUGCUGGAGAGCGAGCUGCUGCUGCACCAACAGACCGACUGCGAGAAGAGCAUCCAGUGUGUAACAUGUGGCAAGGCCUUCAAGAAGCUGUGGUCAUUACACGAGCACAACAAGAUCGUCCAUGGCUACGCCGAGAAGAAGUUCUCCUGCGAGAUCUGUGAGAAGAAGUUUUACACCAUGGCUCAUGUCAGGAAGCACAUGGUCGCCCACACGAAGGACAUGCCGUUCACCUGCGAGACGUGCGGGAAGUCGUUCAAGCGCAGCAUGUCCCUGAAGGUUCACUCUCUGCAGCACUCGGGAGAGAAACCCUUCAAGUGUGAGAACUGUAGCGAACGCUUCCAGUACAAGUACCAGCUGCGCUCCCACAUGAGCAUCCACAUCGGACACAAGCAGUUCAUGUGCCAGUGGUGCGGGAAGGACUUCAACAUGAAACAGUACUUUGAUGAGCACAUGAAGACACACACUGGAGAGAAGCCGUACAUCUGUGAGAUCUGUGGGAAGAGCUUCACCAGCCGGCCCAACAUGAAGCGCCACCGCCGCACCCACACCGGAGAGAAGCCGUACCCCUGCGAGGUGUGCGGCCAGCGCUUCCGCUUCUCCAACAUGCUCAAGGCCCACAGGGAGAAGUGCUUCCGCGUCAGCAACCCCAUGGUCGCUGACGGAAACGACCCCAUCGGGCUCGACCACCCCCUGGUGUCGUCCGCUGUGGACUCGUCCGGUCAGGGCCAGCUGGGGACGGUGCUUCCCGCCACGUCUGUGACCACGCCCCCUGCUGCCUCUAGCCCCCACCCCCUCCACGGCACCCAACUGUCCCUCCCCCUGCUGCACCCCAUAGGUGGGCUUCCUCCCGUCCCUCAUUUACGCCCACCGCCUCCCCUGUUCUCUGCCGGUAGGAUGAACUCCAACAACUAACAAAUCUCUCUUGCAUUGAAAGCACUUUGUUACCUUUUGUUUUUACCGUUUUUUUUUUCUCUCUGAGCUUUUAAGACGACUCGUGCUGCGGGAGAGUGAUGCACCUCCGUGACACAGAGGGGAGAAACGGAUUGAAGGCCACACAGAGGCCUCAUAAAAACACACGUACAAACACCACAAUAAUAAAGAAUUAUUUUUUA